AUGAUGGAAGUCGGUGACUACACCUUUCUCUUUGGGAUCGGUAUCUUCUUUGCCUUCUUGGAUGCCUUCGGUAUCGGAGCCAACGAUGUUGCCAACGCCUUUGCCACCUCUGUCGGUUCCGGUUCGAUCACCCUCGCCCAGGCCUUGAUCAUUGCCUGUUUCUGUGAGUUUGGUGGCGCCUUCUUCCUUGGCGCCAACACCACCGAGACUAUCAAGGGUGGAAUCGUCGAUCCCAAGAUGUACGCCGAUGCCCCUGAGCUUUUGAUGUUGACAAUGGUCUGUGCCUUGAUCGGCUCCUCGUCUUGGGUCUUGUUUGCAUCGUCUCGCGGCUGGCCUGUCUCGACAACCCAUGCUAUCGUCGGUGCCAUCACUGGUGCUGGUAUCUCUGCCUUUGGUGCCGACGGUGUCCAAUGGAAGGGCAUUGGCAAGAUUGUCCUCUCCUGGCUCAUCUCCCCUGUUGCUGCCGGUUUAGUCUGUUCGCUCUUCUUCCUGUUCACCAAACACGUCGUUCUCAAGCACGCUGACUCCUUCCGCCGCGGUCUGAUUGCCAUCCCUGCCUACUUUGGUGUUGCCCUCAUGAUCAAUGUCUUCUACAUCAUCUUCAAGGGCGCACCCGACUCCAAGCUGAAGUCGUCUGCCAUUGGUAUCCCCGUCGGUAUUGCUGUCGGCGUCGGCCUUAUUGUUUUCAUCUGGAGCCUCUUUUUCCUCAGCCCCUUCCUCCGCCGCAGGAUCCAGGACGGAGAGGACCUCAAGUGGUUCCACCUCUUCUACAUCCCCUUUGUCAGCAAGCGCGAGAAGCCCGCCGUCCAUAACGAGGAGAUUUCCCAGACCAAGGGCGAGAAGCUUGCUGGUGAUUCAAUCGACUCUGAUGAUGUCCAGGCCAACCCCUCGCUUGUUGCUCUUGAAAAAGAAGAGCACUGGAUCCUCAAGAAGUUGAAGAGCACUGUCUUUGCCGGUCUCUACCAGAACAUGGAGUCUAAGGAGGACGAGAGCGUCAGCGCCGUCCACGAGCAUGCCACCAAGUUUGACUCUGACACCGAGCGUCUCUUCUCUUCCGUCCAGGUCAUCUCCGCCUGCUUUACCUCCUUUGCGCACGGCUCGAACGAUGUUGCCAACGCCAUUGGUCCCCUUGCCACUAUCUACUACAUCUGGAAGAACGCCAACAUUGACGUCGCCAAGGCUCCCGUCGAUACCUGGAUUCUUGUCUUUGGCGGUAUUGCCAUCGAUAUUGGUUUGAUGACCUACGGUUACCACGUCAUGCGCACCCUCGGUAACAAGAUGACAUACAUGUCCCCCACCCGUGGGUUCUCGGCCGAAAUGGGUACCUCGAUCACCAUCUUGACGUGCUCCAAGCUCGGCCUCCCCGUCUCAUCGACCCACUGUAUUACCGGCGCUACGACUGCGAUUGGUCUCUUGUCUGGUGGUGGCUUUAAGUCUCUGAACUGGCGUCUGUUGCUCGGUGUCUUUUCUGGAUGGAUUGCCACCCUUCCUGCUGCCGGUCUUGUCUCUGGCAUCAUCUUUGCCUUUGUCUCCCGCUCUCCCCAGCUUCUCUAA